CAGCCAGCCGCGCCCUUCGAAUCGAUUCCCUGGAGGCGGCGCCAUGCAGAUCAUUAAGGAAAUCUCGGCGGACGUGCAGAUCGAUAUUCUGGGGAGGCUUCCACUCGCCAGCUGCAUCGUCCGAUUCCGCUGCGUCUCCAAACAAUGGUGCGCUCUAAUUUCCGAUCCCUCCUUCACUCGCCACAAACUCUUCUCCGCCGCCGAAAAUCCGGACUACUCUACUUAUCCGCUAACCAUGAUCGUCAAGAAUAACAAGUGUGCGGCAUCAUUAUUGUACACUCUCCACUCUCGCAACACACUCGAACCGCUCCUCGAGGCCGAGUCACCCUUCGAUUCGGACAACUACCGCAUCGUCGGGUACUGCAAUGGCCUCAUGUGCAUGGGAUAUCAUGGUUGCAGCCGUGAUCCCACCCAAGCGACGGCUCUGAUUCUUUGGAACCCGGCCACGUCAGAGAUCAAGGUCUUGCCGCCUACCCUCUACGGUGAAUCAGCCGGUUGGGUUCGUAUCGUUGGGCUUGGUUUCGAUCCAGAAUCGAAUGACUACAAAGUCGUGAGACAAAUUAUCGACUAUGGAAAAGUCGGUAUGAUUUACGAUCAAGCGUGUUGGGACCAUCAUUUUGAGGAGGUAUACAGCUUGAGUAACGAUUCGUGGAAAAGAAUCGAUGUCGGUGUCGGUCAACCGUCUUCCGAGCGCAGUUUUCUUCCGCAACUUCCAGAUUACGAGGUCCCUCGGUUCUGUAAGGGGAAGUUGUAUUGGUGGACCGAAAUUACAUACCCGCGAGGGGAGACUGGUCAGACUACUCGGUUCGCUUCGUUUGAUCUGAGCAGGGAAGUGUUUGAGAUAGUGGAUGUGGCGAAGCCUGCUGCUGCUGCUGAGGUCUGGAGAGUUCGUUCCUUACUCGAGUUGCCCCCGAGCCAGCUGGGAGAUCAUUCCCUGGCCGCGGUUUGUUGUUCUACUGGUGCUGAUGAUCAGAGCGGCUCCUGUUUCGAGAUUUGGGCGUUGCUCAAGUUAUGGGUGCCGGAAUCGUGGACCAAGUUGUUUGUCGUUCCGAUUGUGACCGACUACUAUCGUUUCUGGGGAAGUUCCACGAGUUUCCUGUUUUUCUACGAUGCCAGAGAUUCCAACUGGCUAGGGGGCCAUGAUUGGUACCUUGAUCCGGAGUUCAUUGCCCGUCGUCUCCAGACCGGAGAAACUGUUGCGCUGAACAGUUGGGAUGUGCGAGCGUUUCUAGUUGUGAAUUAUGUCCCUUCUCGAGUUUCUUUGAUUCACUAUAGGUAAGAGAAUAAUGACUAUAUGUGUUGACCUCAAAUCCUGAAUUAUGUCCUUUAAAAAAAAAAUCAUCAUAUAUUGAUUCAUAAGAGAUAGUUAAAUCCUGGAGUUCAGCCAGGCAUGAAAGUAAAAAAAACGACUCGUAGUCGGGGACAAAGAAAGGACCUUUCGAAUCACCCUAUGGGCUACCCUAUUAUUACACCGACCUACAAAUCGAACACUAAACGUAGUGUUCCAUAAGAAAAAACACUAAACGCAGUGUGGAUAGCAAAGUAAUGUAGGACUUCUUGAAGAACAACCCCCAUCCGAUUGUCGCUGGUAUCAGCCUGAUUAAUCUUAUCAAUUAUCACUUUGGCAUCUCCUUCAAACCUUAUGUCUGUGAACCCAUGGCCAAGACUCCACAAAAUAGCAUCCCGUAGCACAAGUAAUUCGACCACCAGAGGGUCAUCAAUACACGGAAACUGAACCCUUUUAACCAUAAGGACAUCCCUAUUUGGGUCCAUGAGAACCAUCCCGCCUGCCGAGUGAGACCCGCCUCUAGUAGUUCCAUCCCACAUACAAACAACCAUAUUAGCCCUCAUCGGACUCGGGUGCUGUACCAAAGGGACAGAGACCUGCGGAGCACGAUCCACUGGCAACCCAACCCACCCCUCAUAUUGCUGGUUAAACUGGCGCAUCAACGCAGGGAUCCCGAAUUGCUUUCCUUCAAAGACAACCCAGUUACGAGACCGCCAAAUUCGCCAGAGAAUGGCAACAACUGGCAUGAACAGAUCACGGAAACAAGACGAGGCUAUUCUCCAUCGAUAAUGAAGUCUAUUGAUCAUAUUCUCCACGGAUGAUAAGUCCAUUAAGCACCGAUUUGAGCCAAUUUAUUUUCGGAUGGCAUAUUCGUAAUAUUUUGGGCGACUAUAGGCCAUUUUCUUUGGAUAUUGAAGGGUACAGAUCACGGAUUUGGCCUGAGGCUAUUCUCCAACGAUGAUUGAGUCCAAUAAGCACCGAUUUGGGUGGAUUUAUUCUGGGUCAAUUUUUGGCUGAUUGCAAAGGGGUACCAUCACUAAUUUUGAGCGAUUUUUCUGAAAUGUCAUUUUCUUAGAUUCUGGAGGCUACAGAUCACCGAAUCAGGCCGAGGCUAUUCUCCACCGAUAAUGAAGUCUAUUGAUCCGAUUCCCCAGGGAUGAUAAGUCCAUUAAGCACCGAUAUGGCCCAAUUUAUUUUCGGAUGGCAUUUUCGUAAUUUUUUGGUCGACGAAAGUCCAUUUUCUUUGGAUAUUGAAGGCUACAGAUAAUGGAUUUGGCCUGUGGAUAUUCUCCAACGAUGAUUGAGUCGAUUAGCACCGAAUAUGACGGAUUUAUUCCGGGUCAAUUUUUGGCAGAUUGCAAAGCAUCACCGAUUUCGGGUUAUUUUUCCGAAAUGCCAUUUUCUUUCAAUUCUAGAGGCUAGAGAUCACAUAAUUAGGACGAGGCUAUUCUCCACCGAUAUUGAAGUCUAUUGAUCCUAAUCUCCACAGAUGAUAAGUCAAUUAAGCACCGAUUUGAGCUAAUUUAUUUUCUGAUGGCAUUUUCGUAAUAUUUUUGUCGACGAAAGGCCAUUUUCUUUAGAUAUUGAAGGCUACAGAUCACGGAUUCGGCCUGAGGCUAUACUCCAACGAUGAUUGAGUCCAUUAAGCAGCGAUUUCGGCGGAUUUAUUCCGGGUAAAUUUUUGGCAGAUUCCAAAGGGGUAUCAUCACAGAUUUCGGGCGAUUUUUCCGAAAUGCCAUUUUCUUUUGUUUCUGGAGGCUAGAGAUCACGGAAUCAGGCUGAGGCUAUUCUCCAUCGAUAAUGAGUGUAUUGAUCAUAUUCUCCACGGAUGAUAAGUCCAUUAAGCACCUAUUUGAGCCAAUUUAUUUUCAGAUGGCAUAUUCGUAAUAUUUUUGGCGACGGUAGCCAUUUUCUUUGGAUCUUGAAGGCUACAGACCACAGAUUCGGCGUGAGUCUAUUCUCCAACGAUGACUGAGUCCAUUAAGCACCGAAUAUGGCGGAUUUAUUCCUAGUCAAUUUUUGGCAGAUUGCAAUGGGCUACCAUCACCGAUUUCGGGCUAUUUUUCCGAAAUACCAUUUUCUUUCAAUUCUAGAGGCUACAGAUGACAUAAUUAGGCCGAGGCUAUUCUCCACCGAUAUUGAAGUCUAUUGAUCCUAAUCUCCACAAAUGAUAAGUCAAUUAAGCACUGAUUUGGGCUAAUUUAUUUUCUGAUGGCAUUUUCGUAAUAUUUUUGGCGACGAAAGGCCAUUUUCUUUGGAUAUUGAAGGCUACAGAUCACGGAUUCGCCCUGAGGCUAUUCUCCAACGUUGAUUGAGUCAUUAUGCAGGGAUUUGGGCGGAUUCAUUCCGGGUCAGUUUUUGGCAGUUUACAAAGGGGUACCAUCACAGAUUUCGGGCUAUUUUUCCGAAAUGCCAUUUUCUUUUGAUUCUGGAGGGUACAGAUCACGGAAUCAGGCCGAGUCUAUUCUCCAUCCAUAAUGAAGUCUAUUGAUCAUAUUCUCCACAGAUGAUAAGUCCAUGAAACACCGAUUUGAGCCAAUUUAUUUUCGGAUGGCAUUUUCAUAAUAUUUUGGGCGACGAUAAGCCAUUUUCUUUGGAUAUUGAAGGGUACAGAUCACGGAUUCGGCCUGAGGCUAUUAUCCAACGAUAAUUGAGUCCAUUAAGCACCGAAUAUGGCAGAUUUAUUCCUGGUCAAUUUUCGACAGAUUGCAAAGGGGUACCAUCACCGAUUUCGGCCGAUUUUUCCGAAAUCCCAUUUUCUUUCAAUUCUAGAGGCUACAGAUCACAUAAUUAGGCAAAGGAUUUUCUCCACCAAUAUUGAAGUCUAUUGAUCCUAAUCUCCACAGAUGAUAAGUUAAUUAAACACCGAUUUGGGCUAAUUUAUUUUUGAAUGACAUUUUCGUAAUUUUUGGGGCGACGAAAGGCCAUUUUCUUUGGAUAUUGAAGGCUACAGAUCAUGGAUUCGGCCUGAGGCUAUUCUCCAACUUUGAUUGAGUCAUUAAACAUGGAUUUGGGCGGAUUUAUUCCUGGUCAAUUUUUGGCAGAUUCCAAAGGGGUACCAUCACAGAUUUCGGGCUAUUUUUCCGAAAUGCCAUUUUCUUUUGAUUCUGGAGGCUACAGAUCACGGAAACAGGACAAGGCUAUUCUCCAUCGAUAAUGAAAUCUAUUGAUCAUAUUCUCCACGGAUGAUAAGUCCAUUAAGCACCGAUUUGAGCCAAUUUAUUUUCGGAUGGCAUAUUCGUAAUAUUUUGGGCACCUAUAGGCCAUUUUCUUUGGAUAUUGAAGGCUACAGAUCACGGAUUCGGCCUGAGGCUAUUCUCCAACGAUGAUUGAGUCCAUUAAGCACCGAUUUGGGUGGAUUUAGUCUGGGUCAAUUUUGGCAGAUUGCAAAGGGGUACCAUCACUGAUUUUGAGCGAUUUUUCUGAAAUGUCAUUUUUCUUAAGAUUCUGGAGGCUACAAAUCAUCGAAUCAGGCCGAGGCUAUUCUCCAUCGAUAAUGAAGUCAAUUGAUCCUA